UUGAAAAAUCUCCACACUCGAAAAAUUAAGAUAACGUAAAGUGGCGAGAUAUAAACUCAAAUCAGAACUAGUAUAGAUUAAAUUAUCACCAGUUUAACAACGACAAUGAUCGGGAAAUUAAAAUUAAUUAUAAUCUGCUUAUCGGUGUUUCCGUUAACACUAGCACAAGAUUGUCAAAUCGACCUCCUCGCUAACCCCACCGCAUCACCUCUACUUCUAACAGUACUCGACGGUACUUACUCCUUCCCCGACCCCACCUCCACCGAUAACCGAACCCUAGACCUCCUCUCCAACCAAGAACUAGUUUUUGCUUGUCCCGGAGGCCAGUUCACCCAACCCGGUCUAAACACAAGAGGCCAACACGCUUUCUGCCAAGGCGGUACCACCCUCUCUUCCAAUUCGUUCCUCUACGACUACAACAUCCUCAAUUGCACCCUCACCGACCUAACAAGACCAGCCCUCGCCGAUUCGUACGACGACCCAUCUCUCCUAUGUGAAAACUCCGAGAGACCCGUCCGAGUGGGUUACAAAAUCGACGGUACUUUAGUACCAGUACUCGACGUUUGCUUCAACGAAGCCACCGCGCUAGCAACAUACACCCGACAUCGACUGACCGGCUUUGCCCCUCUAGCCCAAAGCACUGCCCGUUCGCCACCAACGUACUUCCAGUUCUAUUUAUCACUAUACAACAAAGACGUCCAGUCGGUGUACGACAGUUUCGAAUUCUAUUUCGAGAAACUGGGACUUGAGGAGUACCUCACUGACGCGUACUUCUUGCGAGCAGGUCACCUCGCGCCGUACGAAGACUUCUUCCACCCGUUCCAGCGCGAUGCGGCGUACCAUUACGUAAACGCGGCUCCUCAAUGGAACACUUUCGAUGACGGGAAUUGGCGGGUUUUGGAAGAUGGGGUUUUGCAGGUGGUAGCGAACGGAAAAAUGGGUGAUGGGGUGGUGGUUACAGGCGAUGCUACGGUGGUGACUGGGACCUUGAAGGUUGGUACUUUGGUUUCAAAUGCCACUGGGACGCCGGAGGUUGUGGAGUUGAUUUUGCGGUACGGGCAGUUCCCGAUUCCGAGGUGGUUCUGGAAGGUGGUUUAUUUUGGGGAGGUAGAUAUUGGGGCUGUGUUCUUCGGGUUUAAUAAUCCGUACGCGGGGUUGAAAGAUGAAGUUGAUGCGGAGUUCGUGGCUGAAAUUUGUUCCGAAGAUGUGUUCGAGAGUUUGAGGGCGAAGUGGUACUUGGACCAUGUGGAUAAUAGUGGGCCGGGUUUAGGGUACAUGUUUGCUUGCAGUUUAGAUUUGGGUGGACUACUGGACCCUACUAUUAACAGUGUUGUUACAAAUGUUCUUUCUAAAUAAUAAAAAUGUACUUAUAUA